CACGCAUCCUUGUUUCGUGUGACUCAUUUCACACGUAUUCUCUCUCUCUCUCUCUCACAAACCCAAAAUCCUUCUUCCUCGCUAACCAUCCUUGUUUCUGUAUCUCUCUAUAUAUAUAUUAUAUAUACAUGCUCGUAGUCAUACAUACAAAAUCUCCCCUUUCCCCCCAAAACAACCUAAUUCACUGAAAAUAUGGCGGUACAAAGCUCCGAGAUAGUGUUCUUCGACGUCGAGACAACCAUCCCGACCCGAACCGGGCAGGGCUACGCCCUGUUGGAAUUCGGAGCCAUUACCGUUUGUCCCAUGAGGAUGGUGGAGCUCCGGAGCUACUCCACCCUUAUCCGACCCGCCGACCUCUCGCUCAUCACCUCUCUCUCCGUCCGCUGCAAUGGCAUCACCAAGGACACCGUCGUCCCUGCUCCGAGUUUCGCUGAUGUCGCAGAUCAAGUGUACGACCUGCUUCACGUGCAUAUUUUUUUGGGACGGAGGGAGUAUAAGUUUUCCAUGAUGUAUACACCAGGGAGAAUAUGGGCUGGCCACAACAUAUUGCGUUUUGAUUGUCCUCGUAUACUAGAAGCGUUUUCCGAUAUUAACAGGCCAGCUCCAGAGCCUAAAGGAGCUAUCGAUACGCUACAACUGCUAACACAAAAGUUUGGAAGAAGAGCUGGUGAUAUGAAGAUGGCAACUCUAGCAUCAUAUUUUGGGCUUGGAAAGCAAACACAUAGGAGUCUGGAUGAUGUACGCAUGAAUCUUGAAGUCCUCAAGUACUGUGCAACAGUCCUGUUUUUGGAAUCCACCAUUCCAGACAUAUUAAUUGAGAACAGCGAGGUUUCUCCCAUUGCAACCCCAAGAAGACGAACUAAUGGAAAAGAUUCCACACAGCAGAUUGGGAAGGAUGAAAUUAUCGAAUCACCUAGCGACAGGUUGGCAUGUCCAUCAACAUCGUCGCUAUCUCCAAUGAAGAUUGAAUUUCCACCAACGUUAUAUCCAUCUUCAGUAGAUAUGCUUAAGGCACGUAGGGUUGGUGAAGCGAAUGUGUCAGCUGAACCCAAUGCAGCCAGUGCUGGCCCAUUUGACUUGGGUGGUAUGCGUGCUGGAAUGGAAGAGCCUCUUCCUGAGGACAGUAUGGAAGAAGAAGAUAAAGCUGCUAUACCAUCUCAAGAGUCUUCAACUUCAGUAGUGGAUGGAUGUUUCGACAGCUUUAAUGACUUCUUGGAGCCUGAUGGUGUUUCAAUACCAUCAAUAUCUGUUACUCUUGCAUCCUUUUAUCCUGGAACUCAUAGAAUACAAAUAUUACACCAAAACUUCCCAUUGCAACUGAAAUGUGCCAGCUUGAAAGUUCGUUUUGGGAUCAGCACGAAGUUUGUUGAUCAUGCUGGUCGGCCACGUUUGAAUUUUGUUGUGGAUGCAUCACCAAAUUUGUGCAAUAUUCUAGAUGGAGCUGAUAGGCUAGCGCAGAAGCUGUCCACUGAUUCUGGCAGCUCCUCCGAGUGGCAUCAUGUAGUAGGUAGGAAGCAAGGGUUCUUCAACUCUCCCACUGUCCGAUUGCACCUACCCACUUUAGCAGACGGUGAAAUCAACCGAUGGACAACAGAGAUAUACCAGAAGGAGAGUUCAACCACACACAAGCUUGUGUUUAGUAGAUACGACGUUGCUGAACUGAAUUCGUUGUUCACUCCGGGGCAUGUUGUUGAUGCCUAUUUCGCUUUGGUUGCCUAUGAUUUUCAGCAAAAUGCCGGCAUCCGAUUAGUGGCAAAGAAACUGAUUGUUCAUCCAAGUUCAUGAUAAUUGCAAGUUUAAUAGCGCCCUAACUGCUGGAUAGGUUACCCUUUGGAUAGUCAUAUAAGAAUUCAGUACUUAUGUUGUAAAUGAAGUCAUUUCGUAUUUAUUCAUUUCUCUUAGAAAGUUAUUUCUUUGUAA